GACCGCACCUGCCGACCCCCCAGGCCCCGUCCUGCUAGGCACAGCCAGCCAAGUUAAAGCUGUACAUCUGGGGAUUUCGGGCAAAGCCGAGCGGCCUUUUACGGCCCUCUUGCUUUUCGGAUGCGUCUUCAUGAACUAGUAGUAGUGAAAGUAAUGUCACGCAAGCUACCGAACAACACAAACUUGCAAAUGACAUGUGCAAUUGAUCCUCCCGUACGUGCUACGUGAUGUUCGCGCAUGGUUGCGCUUUCGUGCGAUUCCCUAUCACACCACGUCGCAUUCACGCCGGAGGCAUGCCAGCUUCAAGGUUGCUGGAGCUCGAACUGGCUCAACCAAAUCAAAGAUGAUUCGAGUGCCAGACGGCAUUGUCGGGGCAUGGCGGACAUCCACCGCUGGGCUACGGGGGACCUAGCACCACUGUCGCAUGACAACAAGUGGUGAUCCAGGAUCCCCUGUCAAGAGACUACACGCCAUAAGGCUGAAUGAAGAGGCCAGUGAACAGACGCCCCCACCCUCGCCCCAGCCCCCUCCUCUCACUGGCGGGGCCUCAUGGCACCAAGCAUUCAAUGUCCGCAAGACGGACCCAGUGAACUUGAAUUUCCGACGGACGCCUGUAGGUCAGUCAGGCACCGCCGCAAGACCUAGUGAAAUCGUUUUGAACCCUUGCAGAUUCAAGCGAAGAGGAGAAGGAGGAGAAGAGCAAAGGAAGGGAAGGGAGGAGGAGGAGGAGGAGUGUUCAAAUGAGUGCGGUCAGGCCGCUGCCGUGCACGUUAUGCCGACGCGCACGCGAGUGCAACUUCCAACGGCUUCUUACGCGAGUCGCCGAAACAAAAAAAACGUCCAGUGCGAAGGUGGCGGGGUGAAACAGCACAUACAAGAGAAAAGCAGAGAAACAAAUGCACAUACAAGAUGAAGAAUGGAAGCGAACCGAUGUUCGCAUUCGAGAGAGAGAGAGAGAGUCUCGGAUUCUGGCAUGGCUACUGCUGGCGUUUUAGCGCAUGCCAGCGGACUGGCCAGACUUACGCCGCCACGGGCGCCGACAAGGCGAAAAAUGGAACCCCAUGUCAGCGCCAACCCCCCAUACCUGCUCCUGCACUUCCCUGAUCGAGGCAGCUCGCCUGGAUGAGAUGGACUAGAACCGCAGGGGGGGAGAAAGAGAGAGAGAGAGAGAGAGACAGGCAGAGAGUGAAAGAAGGAAAGACAAAGACAGAGAGAGAGACAGAAACAGAAAGAGAGAGAGCGUACACAAAAAACAUUAAAUACUAAAUCCAGCAAAUUAAAACAUUAAAAACAUUAAAAACGGCAGGUCUGCAUGUCGCAGGAGGAACAGCACAUGCAUACACGUCACCAGGCGAACAGAACAAACCGCUCGCGUGGGUCGAGGCUGGUCGAGACGUCUCGCACUGUCAGCUCGAACUCUUGACUGAGGCAUGCGGUUGAAAAAAACGAUGCGCCAAGGAGCAAAAACUGAGGCUUACCAGCGAAGGGGGACCGGCUCACGGGGAAAAAAUCCAGCUGGAAUGGGCAGUACAUCGCCGAUGGAUCGGCGAUCGAACCCCGACAGAAAAAUCCACGCGCUCCUGGGCGGGGUGCGAGCUGUCGGGCCUGCAUCGGUGAUGAGUGGAC